AUGGAGCCAAUCAAAGAUAUUCCCACAAUUCCAAAGGUGUUGCUGGCGCGACUUUUUCAGACUGCAGCGUUCGAGGAUGACGCGACUCGGAUUUCAUCCAAAACGGUAGAAUGCUGUACAGAGUAUUUGAGAUUAUUUGUUAAGGAAGCAGUGAUUAGAUCCAAUGAGGCUCGUAUUCAUGAAGAGCUUGAGACUGAGGACAGGUUUGAGAUAAAAUACCAGAAAAACGCCACCAGAAAUAAUGUGCGUAGUCAUGAGGACGACCAAAACCUGGACGAUUCCGAUGUUGAUGAUGGCCAAGAAGGUGCAAAAACACGGAGAAGAACUGUUGCCGAUGCCACAAUUGACACGAGGCAUCUGGAAAGAAAUGCUGGGCUUCUGGUGUUGGACUUUUGA